UUGCCCAACGCGUGUGGGCUAUAAACUCGGCUAACAUGCUGAAGUUGCCAUAGGGGUGUGUGCGGGACUCGGCUAGGGCUGAUGGGUUUUUUUCUUAUAUUACGGUAGGAUAGUCAACACGUGUAAUAUUGACUAGCACUAGUUUUACACUUCAUAAGCUGAAUUGGGGUUGUUAUAAGUCAGUCAGCAGUCGUGUUGAGGGGCUGGAGCUAACUGAGUCAGCGCGAGCACUGAGUGUUCAGGUAUCUGCACAGGUUCCUUUCGGUUCCUUCACUCCAUCAUGAGUGACCGUGAUGAUGAGGAUAGUGACGGUGAUGUGCCUCAGCUCUCGGCUGCUGCUCUGGCGGCUCUGCAGGAGUUUUAUGCGGAGAAUGAAGCGGCUCACUCGGCACUGAGAGAAAGCUACACCGUGGGGGCCAUUAAGGAGGACUGGGGGAUGAGCCAGUUCUGGUACAGUGAUGAGACGGCGACACGGCUGGCUAAAGAAGCCAUACAGCAAGCAGGAAACCAGGGGAGAAUAGCAUGCAUCAGUGCACCGAGUGUCUACCAGAAACUGAAGCAGAUGGAAUCGGAGAACAUGGAUGGGUCACACUGUGCGUCAGCCGUGCUGCUCGAGUUUGACCGACGAUUCGCUGCAUAUGGUGAUGAGUUCAUCUUCUAUGACUACAAUAACCCGUUGUGUUUGCCUGAAGAUGUCCUACCACAGAGCUUUGACAUCGUCAUUGCAGACCCUCCAUACCUAUCUGAGGAGUGCCUGAGUAAGGUGGCACUCACAGUAAAAUACCUCACCAAGAGUAAAAUCCUGCUGUGCACAGGGGCUAUUAUGGAAGACCAUGCAGGAAGACUCAUGGAUGUGCAGCUGUGCAGUUAUCUACCCAAACAUAAUCACAACCUUGCCAAUGAAUUCAGGUGCUAUGUCAACUAUGGGUCAGGUCUCCUCUAGGUUUGGACUGGGGACCUUAAAGCUUAUUCUGGACUGUUGAGAGCUCCGACAACUCUGUCCAUUUGUUUAGGGUCAUUUUGUCUGGAUGAUCAUACCUGGGUGGGUUUGAUAUUUUAAUGUUUGACAGGCUUUUUUUUUUAAAUCAUGAUUAACAUAAAUUGUAUAUAUUAUGAAUAAUAGCAUGUUGGCUUUGUGAAUUUCCAUCCAUUAUCUGUAGCCGCUUAUCCUGUCCUGCAGGGUCGCAGACAAGCUGGAGCCUAUCCCAGCUGACUGAGUGAGAGGUGGGGUACACCCUGGACAAGUCACAGGGCUGACACAUACACAGACAGCCAUUCACACUCACGGUCAAUUUAGCCCAUGUUUACAUUAGACCGUAUCAGCGGAUCAUCAGAUUAACGUUUUUAAAACGAUUAUCGUGCACACAGCAACACCAAUACACGAUUUGCAUGCACACAACACCACCAAUACACGGAUACGCUCGGCUCCACAGGCAUCCUGCGCUCCAAAUCACUCCGCCCUGAACAGCGAGUGCCCUCUGGAGGGUGCGCACUCCAGCCCUGCGCAGCUCACAGAGCACGCGAGUGAAGUGCACGAGCCACGAUUCGGGACUGAGCCGCUGUGUGUGUGAUCCCAGCGCAUAUCACUUACUACUUGCAAGUGGAAGGAUGGCAAGCCUAAAGACAAUCAUAACUACACAAUGGGUAGUAUUUGCAUCAGUAUUUGCAGUAUUUUCAUACUUUUAUACUCUUUAAUGAAAGGUGAUACAAGGCGGAAGUCCGCGCCGUUUUUCAGCAGUCGCGUCACAUGACCAACGCCAGCGAAUCAGGAAGGUGGAUGUCACAGUGAUGUUGUCCAAUGACGACGCCAGCUAGAGCUCAGCACAGCGUAUCCGCGUAUCUCAAUGUUUACACAGCACCAGACCAGACACGAUCUGGAUUGAAUAUGUGGACUCUGGCGGAUUCCCGUUUCCCGGCGUUUCCAGGCGGUUUAAUGUAAACGGACAGUGCAUCCGCGAAGAAAACGAGACAGAUACGGUCUAAUGUAAACUUGGCCUUAGAGUCACCAGUUAACCUAACCUGCAUGUCUUUGGACUGUGGGGGAAACCGGAGCACCCGGAGGAUAACCCACGCGGACACGGGGAGAACAUGCAAACUCCACACAGAAAGGCCCUCACCGGCUGCUGGGCUUGAACCCUGGACCUUCUUGCUGUGAGGCGACAGCGCUAACCACUACACCACCGUGCUGCUGCUUUAUGAAUUUUAAUUUGGCAAAUAUAGCAUUGCUGUAUAGUAAAAACUUGUGCAUUUUCA